AUGUUGGUGUUUUGCCAGCUGACUCUGGGCCAAGACACUCUUGAAACUACUGACACAGAGAAGACUGAAAUGCAAUCUGUCUGCCGUCUUGACGUGUAUGAUCUCCUGAGAGAAAUUGGUGCUUUGAAAGAAAAAAUGGGAGGCUUGGAAAACAGGCUUAAGGAAAGUGAAAAAGAGAUUGAAGAACUGAAAAGCAAAGAAAAACGUGAGGUAGUUUUCAGUGCAGCGGCAGAUGCAAGUGGACACAUUGGACCCUUCAACACAGACACGACCUUAAUCUACGGAUCAGUGAUUAUAAACACUGGCAGUGCCUACAAUCAGUUCACAGGUAUUUUCACUGCACCUGUUACAGGCGUUUACUACUUUAUCUUCUUUUAUCAUGCCGGAGGAACAAACCCAACAAAUCUAUCACUCUACAAGAACAAUGAGUUUGUGGCAAUGACCUAUGAUCACAGUACAUCACACGAUGGGGCUGAUAAUGGAGGCAAUGCAGUGUUCCUGCAGCUGCAGCAAGGGGACCAGGUGUCCGUGCGCUUGGGUGCAAAUACACAUAUUUGGGCAAAACACCAACAACACAUGACCACCUUCAGCGGUUUUCUGCUUAGUCAAGGGUGA